CCAUAGCUAUUGACAAUGCCUUCUUAUUUUUAAAAAAAAAAAUAAGGAAGAAAAAUAAUGGUAGACAUAAAUCCAUAGUUAGGUAAGGAAAAUACUUUGACGACUGAUGCUUGAUGACCAUCCUCACGAAUCCUUCCUCUCCCGUCUUCUCCAAGGCAUUAGAAAUCAAGAAUUACCUCAGCAAUGGCGUCCAUUGCUUCAAACACCUCAAACAAGUCCACGCGCGCCUUCUCCGCCUCGACCUCGACCAAGAUAACUACCUCCUUAACAUUAUUCUGUGUUGCGGCUUACAUUCUAAUUCCACAAAUUACACUAAGCUCGUAUUUUCUCAGGCCAAAGAACCCAACAUUUUCCUCUGGAAUACGAUGAUCCGUGGCCUGGUUUCCAAGGACUGCUUCGAUGAUGCUAUCGAUGUUUAUGGGUCGAUGCGGAGACAGGGUUUUUUACCCAAUAAUUUCACUUUCCCUUUUGUUCUGAAAGCGUGUGCUAGGAAAUUUGAUAUUCGAUUAGGAGUGAAGAUUCACACCCUCGUCGUGAAAGCGGGUUUUGACUAUGAUGUGUUUGUGAAGACCAGUUUGUUAUCUCUCUAUGCGAAAUGUGAUAAUUUGGAGAAUGCACUCAAGGUGUUCGAUGAUAUUCCUGACAAGAAUGUGGUCUCUUGGACUGCUAUAAUCACUGGAUAUAUUGGCAGUGGUCAAUUCAGAGAAGCCAUUGAUGCAUUUAAGAGGUUACUUGAAAUGGGAUUAAGGCCUGAUAGCUUCUCUCUUGUCAAAGUCCUCUCUGCCUGUGCUCAGCAUGGAGAUUUCAAAAGUGGGGAGUGGAUUGAUAGAUACAUAACCGAUAGUGGCUUGGGAAGGAAUGUUUUUGUAGCCACUUCUCUGUUGGAUAUGUAUGUCAAAUGUGGAAAUAUGGAGCGAGCAAAUUUGAUCUUUCAUGCUAUGCCAGAGAAGGAUAUUGUAUCUUGGAGUACCAUGAUUCAGGGCUACGCAUUCAAUGGAUUGCCAAAACAAGCGCUAGAUCUUUUCUUCCAAAUGCACUCACAAAAUCUGAAGCCUGAUUGUUAUGCAAUGGUCGGUGUACUGUCCGCUUGUGCAAGAUUAGGAGCUUUAGAUUUAGGAAACUGGGCCAGCACCCUGAUGGAUAGACACGAGUUCCUGUCGAAUCCCGUCCUCGGGACGGCUUUAAUUGACAUGUACACUAAAUGCGGUAGUGUGGCUCGAGCUUGGGAGAUCUUCCAAGCAAUGGAAAAGAAAGACCGUGUAGUUUGGAAUGCCAUGAUGGUUGGGCUGUCCAUGAAUGGGCAUGCCAAAGCUGUAUUUUCAUUGUUCAGUCUUGUGGAGAAGCAUGGAAUUCAGCCUGAUGAGAACACCUUCAUUGGCUUGCUCUGUGGAUGCACUCAUGGCGGUUUUGUCAAUGAGGGGCGUCAAUAUUUCGAUAGCAUGAAGCGGGUAUUCUCCUUGACCCCUUCAAUUGAGCAUUACGGAUGUAUGGUGGAUUUGCUCGGACGUGCGGGGUUUUUAGGCGAGGCUCAGCAGUUGAUAAACAGCAUGCCGAUGAAGCCUAAUGCUGUUGUUUGGGGGGCAUUGUUAGGUGGAUGCAGAUUGCACAGAGAUACCCACUUGGCCGAACAAGUACUAAUGAAACUUAUUGAGUUGGAGCCAUGGAACUCUGGAAAUUACGUUCUCUUAUCCAAUAUUUACUCUGCAAGUCAUCGAUGGGAGGAAGCCGAAAAGAUUCGAUCAACGAUGAAGGAACACCGGAUCCAGAAGAUUCGUGGUUGCAGUUGGAUCGAGGUUGAUGGGAUCGUUCAUCAGUUUUUGGUAGGAGACAAAUCCCACUCGUUUUCGGAGAAAAUAUAUGCGAAACUUGACGAAUUGAGUAGAGAAUUGAAAGAAGCGGGCCAUAUGCCGACUACUGAGUUUGUUCUAUUUGACAUAGAAGAGGAGGAGAAGGAGCAUUUUCUUGGCUGCCACAGUGAGAAGUUGGCUGUGGCAUUUGGUUUGAUAAGCUUUCCUAAGAAUCAUAUAAUUCGUGUUGUUAAAAACCUUCGUGUAUGUGGGGACUGUCACGAGGCCAUAAAGCUCAUUUCCAAAAUCACUGGGAGAGAGAUUAUUAUAAGGGAUACCAACCGAUUUCAUACAUUUAUUGACGGUUCUUGUUCAUGUAAAGAUUAUUGGUGAGAUUAAUUACAUAAAAAGUUCAAUUCUAUUUUUUAAA